AUGGCUGUUCGCAACCAAGCCCUGGCGUCGUCUCGCAGCAAGAGCCGUAAGGCUCACUUCUCUGCUCCCUCCAGCGAGCGCCGCGUGAUCAUGAGCGCACCCUUGUCGAAGGAGCUGCGUGCCCAGUACGGUGUCCGCUCCAUCCCUGUCCGCAAAGACGACGAGGUUACCAUUGUACGAGGAAGCCAGAAGGGUGAGGACCAACCCCAACCAGUUACCACGACCCAGACAAACUACCGCCGUGAGGGCAAGGUCACCAGCGUCUACCGUCUGAAGUGGGCCAUCUACGUCGAGCGUGUCGUCCGCGAGAAGACCAACGGCCAGUCCGUUCCCCUCCCCAUCGCCGCCUCCAAGGUGGUCAUCACCAAGCUCAAGCUCGACAAGGACCGUGAGGAGAUCCUCGCCCGCAUCGGCAAGGGUCGCGAGGCCGUCAAGAACAAGGCUUAA